AUGGAAGAAGCCGCCAGCAAUGUCGGCAAUGUCUUUUCCUUAGAGGAUGCUAAGCAUGUCGUCUAUCCACAUGACGAUAUGUUAGUGGUCACUCUAAAAGUCUCAAACUUCUUGAUUCAUAGAAUUUUGGUGGACGGAGGCAGCUCUGCAAAAAUCCUUUAUUUGUCAACAUUCGAAAAGCUAAUGAUUGGCCGAGAGCAUUUGAAGCCAGUCAGGUACCCAGUUAUUAGGUUUACAAGAGCAUCAGUGGUACCAGAGAGGAUAAUCACGCUCCCGAUAAGAAUUGAGGAGAACGAAGCAGUCAGGGACGUCAUGGUGGAGAUCCUGGUGGUAAAUGUCCCAGGGGCAUAUAACGCCAGUAUAGGGCGCCUCAUUAUUCAUGACGCCCAAGGGGUCGUCUCAACCUACCAUCUGAUAAUGUUGUAUGUCUCCAAUGAAGGGGUAACAUCAAGAAUGAAAGGCAUCCAAGAGAUGGCGAGGUCAUGUUACUUAAUGGCGCUGAAGCUGCCCGCCAAGAGAUUCUCAGUAGAAAGUCUUGACCCGCCAUCAAGAAAGCAAAGAAGAGCUCAAAGAAAGGCCCAAGUUGGGGAAAAAGAAAAUGAUGAGGCAGCUGAGAAGAAAAUGGAGGUAGCCAAGAGGGCUAAAAUGGUAUCAAUGAAGGAUCUGGGUGUUAAGAGAAUAAUAAGAAUAGCUAUCCUAAAUUAA